GGCUGGGGCUGAGCCGGGGCGGCGGGGGCUGCGGCAGCCGGGAGCACUGGGGACCUCCAGCCUAGCGACUCGGAGGAUGCCGCAGCUGCAGCCUCAGCCGCCAAGCCGAGCCGCCUUGCCGCCGGGCCUCUGCCGCGGCGUUAGGGCGCAGAGCGCGCCGCGGGCCGGGCGGGGCUAGAGGCGGGCGUGGGCCUCGCGUCGCGCCACCCGCAGCUUUCCGCUUGCGGCCCGUCGGUGAGCCAACUGCGGCCGAUGCCUUGAGCGCGGCCGCAGCAGCAAGAGCGGUGCGGUGCCGGCCUGGGAGAGAGGCCGAGGGACGCCGGCAGCCACCUCCUCCCCCAGCUCCGGCCGCUGGGCCCUGGGGCGCGCGCCUCGGCGCUCCCGCCUCCUCCCGCUGCUGCUUCUCCGGGCCCGAUCCUCCCCCGACCGCUUGUUCCACCCGCUGAGGAGGAUGCGCUCCCCCGCGCCGAGCGGCGGAGGCCACUGCUCCCCGAAAUGCGCGCGCGGGACCCCUAUCUCCGCGACCCGAGGAGCCGCCGCCCCCGCUCUCUAGGGUUAUGAUACAUUGAUUAAAAAGAAGGACUUUUCCAAAUACUUACUUUGUACUUUUGAUGGUGUGUUAUGGAUACCAAGGAAGAGAAGAAGGAACGGAAACAAAGCUAUUUUGCUCGAUUGAAAAAGAAAAAACAAGCUAAACAAAAUGCAGAGACAGCCUCAGCUUCAGCCACAAGAAUUCAUACUGGAAAAGAAGACGCUAAUACAGUCAUUCUAGAACAAGACAAGUGCAACAUUACUGUGGACAAGGAGGAUUAUAUUACUGAUGAGAAAAAAAAGAGAAAAAAUAAUCAGUUAAAAGAGAUCAGGCGUACAGAAUUAAAGAGAUACUAUACUAUUGAUGACAAUCAAAACAAAACACAUGAUAAAAAAGAGAAGAAGAUGGUGGCUCAGAAGCCCCCCGGGACUAUGGAAUACACCGCUGGAAGCCAGGACACUCUAAACUCCAUAGCACUGAAGUUUAACAUCACUCCCAAUAAAUUAGUGGAAUUGAAUAAACUUUUCACACAUACAAUUGUUCCAGGCCAGGUCCUUUUUGUGCCAGAUGCCAACUUUCCUUCCAGUAACUUAAGAUUGUCAACAUCCAGUCCUGGUGCUACAGUCUCUCCUUCAUCAUCAGAUGCAGAAUAUGAUAAAUUGCCUGAUGCUGACUUAGCAAGAAAGGCCUUAAAACCUAUUGAAAGAGUCUUAUCAUCUACUUCUGAAGAAGAUGAGCCAGGAGUGGUAAAAUUUUUAAAAAUGAAUUGUCGAUACUUCACCGAUGGAAAGGGCGUAGUGGGCGGUGUCAUGAUCGUCACGCCAAACAACAUCAUGUUUGACCCUCACAAGUCCGAUCCUCUGGUUAUUGAAAAUGGGUGUGAGGAGUACGGCCUCAUCUGCCCCAUGGAAGAAGUGGUCUCCAUCGCCCUCUACAACGACAUUUCCCACAUGAAGAUCAAAGAUGCCUUGCCAUCUGAUCUACCUCAGGAUCUUUGUCCUCUGUACAGGCCUGGAGAAUGGGAAGACUUGGCUUCUGAAAAGGAUAUCAACCCAUUCAGUAAGUUCAAAUCUCUCAACAAAGAAAAACGCCAGCAGAAUGGAGAGAGAACCAUCGUUUCAGAUUCCAGAUCAACAGCAUCUUUGGAGAAGUCAGUAGAUUGCUCACCGACAAAGCCCCCAGACAGCUGUUUGUCUGGAAAGUUCAAGAAACUGGAAUCCUCUAGGGAAGCAACCAGUAGAUCUUCCACAGCGACAGAGGUCAGCAAGGGACCUCCUGACACUCAAGCUGCAUUUGAAUCUACGGCCAAAGGAAAUUCCCUUUUAGGGGAAGAUGAUGACUUUGUUGACUUGGAAGAACUUUCUUCUCAAACUGAUAGCGGAAUGGACAAAAGGGACACCUCAAAGCAGUGCCUUGCUCUUGACUCAGAGGAGCUAAAGAAGGGUAAGUCACAAACAGUCAGUUCUGCUACAGAAAAGCAAGUGCAGUCAUCUGUGAACUUUUCAGGAACAGAGAGUGAUGCUGAACUGAAGGGGACCCUAGAUUUAGAAGCCUGUGAGAAGCAAGAUAUAAUGCCGGAAGUGGACAAGCAAUCUGGUUCCCCAGCAAGCCAGGUGGAAAACACACUGACAAUACAUGAAGAUCUAGACAAAGUUAAACUCAUUGAAUAUUACCUUAAUAAGAACAAAGAAGGGUCACAGUUAUCUGAAAAUUUGCAGAAGACAGGAUUAAGUGAUGACAAAAGCAUUGAACCAUUGGGAAUAGACAUCACCCUUAGUAGUUCUCUUCCCCAGGCAGGUGAUGCCCCAACUGAAGGCAAUAAAGCACCAGAUGAAACAUGGGUGAAAGAGAGAGAGCCUCUUCUAUUGAAGCUAGGCUCUUCUACAGAAGAAAAUAGGGUUAAAGAGUCUCUAGACUCUUCUUUGGAACCUUCCCUGGACAACAGCUGCCAAGGGGCACAAAUGGAUAAUAAAUCUGAAAUUCAACUAUGGCUAUUAAAGAGAAUUCAGGUACCCAUUGAAGAUAUACUUCCUUCAAAAGAAGAGAAAAGCAAGACUCCACCCAUGUUUCUGUGCAUCAAGGUGGGAAAACCAAUGAGAAAAUCCUUUGCCACUCACACAGCUGCCAUGGUCCAACAGUACGGCAGACGAAGAAAGCAGCCAGAGUACUGGUUUGCCGUUCCUCGGGAAAGGGUGGAUCACUUGUACACAUUCUUUGUUCAGUGGUCUCCUGACAUCUAUGGGAAAGAUGCCAAAGAGCAAGGCUUUGUGGUGGUGGAAAAGGAAGAACUGAAUAUGAUUGACAACUUCUUCAGCGAGCCGACCACCAAGAGCUGGGAGAUCAUCACCGUUGAGGAGGCAAAGCGCCGGAAGAGCACGUGCAGCUACUAUGAAGAUGACGACGAGGAGGUGCUGCCAAUCCUGCAGCCCCACAGCGCACUGCUGGAGAACAUGCACGUGGAGCAGCUGGCCCGGCGCCUUCCAGCCAGGGUGCAGGGGUAUCCAUGGAGACUUGCAUAUAGCACAUUAGAGCAUGGGACCAGCUUGAAAACGCUCUACCGGAAAUCGGCUUCCCUGGAUAGUCCUGUCUUAUUGGUCAUCAAAGAUAUGGACAACCAGAUCUUUGGAGCAUAUGCAACUCAUCCUUUCAAGUUCAGUGACCACUACUAUGGCACAGGCGAAACUUUUCUCUAUACGUUUAGCCCUAAUUUCAAGGUCUUUAAGUGGAGUGGAGAAAACUCAUACUUUAUCAAUGGAGACAUAAGUUCUUUAGAACUUGGCGGUGGAGGGGGACGAUUUGGUCUAUGGCUGGAUGCUGAUUUAUACCAUGGACGAAGCAACUCCUGCAGCACUUUCAAUAAUGAUAUCCUUUCCAAAAAAGAGGACUUCAUAGUUCAGGACCUAGAGGUAUGGACAUUUGAGUGAAAUCCAGACUGCCUUAAAACAUGACAUGAAAAAGACUGGAACGGUUCGAUCAGCCCUCCUAAAACUGGCUGGAAGAUGAAGCCCCAGCCCAGGCUGCCUCAUUACACCAUAAUGCUUUCUUUCUGCCAUCAUCUCAGAGCAUGACCCCACUGCAGAAAGAUUCAGAAAGGUACGUAUGAAAGGCAGAUGCUAAAAAAAGAAACCUGAAGUCCAGACUGUUGAAAGACUUUACAUUCCCACCUCCUCUAAAUCCAUACAGUGAGGAAUCUGAAUGUUUAUAUAUGUACAAGUUGAAUGCAAUUUUUAUUUUUGGCAACUGUGGAAAAAAAAAAAAGAUACUGUGGAAAUAUAUACCUGUCUUGUGUAUUUAUCAACAUAAUUUUCAUUACCAAAAUCUGCAGCCUACCAUUGUUUGCCAUGGAAGAAGUUGGUCUCAUUUAGAAAAACUGAAAGUGCAUAGCACUUAAAGGGAAUAUAUGAUUUUUUAAAAUGUUUAUUUAUUAUUUCUAGUACAUUGUCUGAAAUAUGUUGGACUUUUUUUUUCUUUUUAUGUGUCAAAUCCUGAAAUAAAGAAAUGUAUAGAUUUCGUGCUAUGUUUUGGCAACAGAUCCAUUUGAUUUCUAUAGUUUUAUAUUGAAUUUUUUUUGCCCUGAUUGUUUAGGGUGACUGAUAUUAAGUAGCAUAUAUAUAUAUAUUGAGUGCAUAAUUCUGAAUUUUUAAAACCUCAUUACCAACGUUCCUUGAUUUGUGUUGGCUGCACCUUUUUAGUUACUGACCCUGAACAUAUCUAUGUAAAGAUGUACAAGCCAUUUCUUACAGCCAUAAGUUGAUGUUUAAAGAAAUGGCUAUCUUUAUGAAUAGACUUAGAGCAACCCUGCUUCUGAGAAGAAAAUGUUUUUGCUUCUUAUAAAAUCAUGUGUAUUAAUAGCAAAAACUUUAUUUUCAUAGUUUUUUGCAUGAUUCCCCCCAGGCUUUUAUAUAAACAAACAGCCCUCUGUUUUGAAAGGAAUUGAGUCUUUUAAUUUCUACAGUUUAAAAAUUAAAUGAAAUUGAAUUAGGUCAAUCGUCUUUGUUUCUAGACCCUUUUAUUUGAGAAUAAGUAAUGCAAGGUAUUCCAAAAUUGGAAUAAAAGGAAAAUCUUAUUUUUUGACAUCAACCCAUUUUCACAUCAUAAAACACUUUUAUUAAAAAUAUAUGUGUAAAAAAAGCCUUGUCAAAAAUCUAACCAAUUUUAUUGAUUGCCAGAUUUUGAUGAAAGCCAAAGACUGCUAAUGGAAAAAAAAAUUCCAAAUCAUAAUAGCCAAAGUUGAGGAGUGGUCUGUCCUAAAUUUCAAAGUGAUCUUUGAAAGGAGUAAAUUAAUAAAAAGUAGUAUUUAUGUGCCCAUGUUUAAAAAAAAACGGUUCAGAGAAUGUUAGUCUUAAGCUGCAGAAUAUUUCCUUUACAUAGUUGUCUUAUUUUAGACUGUUCAUAAAAGGGAACAAACAAAUGAAUUGCUGAGUGGCCUCCUGCCUGAUCAGUGAUUAUUCUAUUCCACUCACAUUCCAUGUAAUUUUAAGUGAAUUCUGUAACAUAUUAAAUCUGUAGCCUGGGUGUGCUUUUCACCCAAGUCCUCCUAUUGAGAAUUCUCAGUGAACACAAUUCUAGCAGUUUAACUAUCAUGUGUUCAUUAAAUAAAGUUUUGGUGUGAGAUACCAGGAAGUUUUCAUGAUGAUCACAUUUACCAUUUAUGCCAUUUGCAACCAUGUGCUAUUAAACAAAAUCGUCAUUUUGCAUAUAGUUGACUCUUAUCUAGUUUAGUCCAGGAUACUAUACUUGUGAGAGCAUCUGCAGAUGUUGUGUUCUCUAUUUAAAACAGUAUUCUGUCAGAAAUGUGUGACCCUUCAUAUAUGGAUACUGAAUAUAUGUAAUGCAGUGCUAUCCCAAUAUUUUCAAUAAAGGAAUUUAUGCAUUCAG